AUGUCCUUCAACAAGAGCAAAGCUACACCAACUGUGUAUAUUCACACAUGGGACCACCCAUUGGCAACAGGACUAUCCACGACUCAGGGUGCUCUCUGCAUUGAGACAACCAAUGAAAGUUCUGAAACAGACUUGGGUCUGCCGAGCCUCCGGGUGCUGAAUGAAGAGAGUACGAAUGACUGCAAAGAAGAGGUGAAGCCUCCCCCUGGUGACCAGCCUCAUGUUGAACCACACAGGAAGAACAGCUAGUGGCACGUGCUCAAGUGCGCCUACAUGAUGGUCACCUUCCUCUUCGUGCCCUACAAUAAAGCGGACUUGUGUUACUGCCACUACUGCAGUUCAGAAGUGGACGUCAGAAGUGACCCCUGCUGUACCUUCUAA